AUGAUACGGUCAUUUACCAGGAAUAGGUACGGUGCAUUGCUGGUCGCAGGGAAUGAUUUGAAAAACACGUCAGUGGCAGAAGCAUUGACAAAGGAUAUCUUAGAGCUAAAGAAACUGAUUACGUCAAGAGCACCACGUAUAAUAGGAAUAAGCGAAAACAAAGUUCACGUAGUAGCACCGACAACACCUGGAGAACCUGAAAAUCUUUGGCCGAAAGUGAAAGAAUAUAUAGAUAUCUUUAGCGAAGAUGAAGAUAUUGAUACAUUGCUGAUCUAUAUUUCCUGUCACGGUUCAAAGAACAAGGGCUCUGGUGAUGCACAAAACAAUUGUUUUGAAUUUGGCUCUGAAAGCAUUGCAAUGACAAAUUUUCAGGAGGAGUUGGAACGUCUGGUAAACGUUGAUAAACUGAUGGUAGUUUUAGAUCGCUGCCAUCCUUCAAGGAUAAAGUUUCAGGACGGUAGAAAAUUCAUUCAGAUAAAUGCAUGCAAAGAAAACGAGAAGGCAGACAUAACGGAUGAAGGCAGCAUUUUCACAAAAUAUCUCCUGCAAGGAUUAAAAGCAAAAUCAGAGGGAAAGAGAUGCUCUAACAAUUGUCAGAGUUGUAAUGACUACUGGGCAAAAAGGACUGAUUUCAUUACAGUCCAUAGCUUGUAUGAUUAUGUAAAGAAUCAUAUGAAGAAUGUAUCUCCGACAAUAGGUUUUGAAUUGGAGGGAGACAGCAGCAACAUUGCAUUCUAUACAGACGACCAAGUUCUUAUAGAGUUUGAGGAUUGUACUGGCAAAACAAAAAAAGAUGUACCGCUUGAGUAUCUUCAAGAGAUGAAGCAGUUGGAAUCUAAGCUGUUUAAAAUGUUUGAAAAAGAGGCUAGAGUGAAUAAAGUCAAAAUACUAAGAGAAACCUAUAGAAAGGAGAACGGUGGUUUAGAAGAGUGUGACACUCUGGAAAAGGUUAUGUCGGCCUGGGUCCACAGACAGCGCUUGAAAAUAGAAUUUAAACCCCUUUGAUAUCAAACUAGACAGUGAUAGAAACACACAAAAGUCGCCAUAUGACCUAUAAUUGUGUCGGUGCGACGUUAAACCCAACAAGAAAAGAGAAACGCACAAAUACAGUACCUUGUAGCAGACGGCAUGUUUUAGAUGGUUAUUGAACGAGUGCCUUCGUUUAUGUUCAUGUUUACAUGUUCCUUUUCUGCAUUGAAAUGUUUGAAUUAAUUGACAUUUAAUCUGUUAGUAUGUACUUGAUAUAUACAGCUCUUGGUUUCAUUACAAAUAACUUGUUAUUUACAUUCGUUCACAUUUUUAGUUGUUUGAACCUGUGGAGGUCCUCCGAUUUUCAUUUUAACUGAUGAUUGGUAUCAUGCAAAAGGGAUAUUUUCUAUUUGUAAUGUAGAACAUACCAUUUUAGAGUAAUUGCUCGGAUUUAGUUCGAGAGACGACUAUAGAACAUAGCUUACAGAAAAAAAAACAUGUUCAACAUUUAUGUGCACAUUAUUUCCAGAAAAGUGCGCAUAUGCUUUUGAGAAGUUGCAAUAAAUUUUACAAAAAAUGUCACCCUGACAAAAUAUCUUUAUUAUUUCCUGAAAAUUAGCAUACUUUGGCGUAAGUUUUAAUCAGAUAAAUUUGCGAUUUGCGAUUGCAUAGUUUGUAACUGUUGCAACAGAACUUAAAAAAACUAUUUUGAUUUUAUUAUAGUGUGAGACGAGGAUCGAUCGAGAAUGUGCAAUUUACCGGUAUGUUUUUGAGAAAAAAACAUAUUUCAUUUCGCACAAUGCCAGUCAAAGCAUUCACUUAUUUGAAGAUUCGUAGUGCAUUUUGUUAUACGCUGAUUUAGGAAUGCCCGCCCGCUUAGCUCAGUAGGUAGAGCGUUGGUCUACGGAUCGCGGGGUCGUGAGUUCGAUCCUCGGGCGGGGCGUAUGUUCUCCGUGACUGUUUGAUAAAUGACAUUGUAUUCGAAAUCAUUAGUCCUCCACCUCUGAUUCAUAUGGGGAAGUUGGCAGUUACUUGCGGAGAACAGGUUUGUACUGGUACAGAAUCCAAGAGCACUGGUUAGGUUAACUGCCCGCCGUUACAUGACUGAAAUACUGUUGAAAAACGGCGUUAAACCCCACAAAAAACAAAAACAAACAAUUUAGGAAAAUUCCCUUGAUUAGACGAUGUGUUAUGCAUAUAACCCUGAAGGUCAAGGUCACACUCUGAAGGCGAAGGUGGACAGGGAUUUUUCCUGUCCGGUCUGUAGCUCGACAAUCAGUGAAAGAAUUUUAAUAUUAUUUGGCAUAAAUGUACCCCAUCAUAAGACAACAUGUCAUGCACAACACUCGAACCCUUGCUCAAAGGUCCAGGUCACAAUUAGAAGUAAACCGUCAAGAGGUCUUUUUUGUCCCGUCUAUACCUCAACAAUCCAUAGAGGGAUUUUAAUAUUACUUGGCACAAAUGUUCUCCAUAAUAAGUUGGCGUUUCAUUGUCGACACCCAUACCCUUGUUCAAGGUGAAACAUUGAGGUCAAAGAUCAAUAGUUUUUUCCCAGUCCAGUCCAUAAUUCUGUUAAUGCACGCCAGAUCACAGUCGGGCAUACUGAAAUGGACUUAAAAUGUGCCACUGUGUACUGACGGAUAUGAUGCAUAAUUUAUCCUUUCAAUUUGCUGUCUAUUACGGUAUUUCUAUAUUAUUUGGCACAAAUGUUCCCCAUAAUGAGACAAUUUCUUAUGCGCAAUACCCAUACCCCUAGCUCAAAGGUCAAGGUCACACAUGAAGGUCAAAAGUAAAAAUUGAUAUUUUUCUUUCCAGUCUCUAAAAUUUUUUUAAUAUAUAUAAGCUGUAUCAUAAAGACCCAAUUAAAGAAUUUGUUGGGCCAGGUGUAAUUUCUUAGAAUAUUUUCCUUUCAACAUGUUCAAUACGAUGAUUUCUUAUAUUUUUGCUUAUAUUAUCUCACAAGUUCAAAAUUGAAAUGUUAUCAAAAUUAUAAUUUAUUGUUUUAAUUUAUAGAUGUUAUAAGUAAUCAAAAAUUGUAUUUUAUAUAUGCAAAUUCUGAUCCAAAAUAUUUGUUAUAACACAUUAUGUAUAAACUGCAAAAUUGUUGAUAAAUCGUUGACAAAUAUCAGUUCAUAAUUUUAUUCUGUUAAAAAUUAGU